GGUGGUUAAUUCUAGAGCAGAACGCUUUGAGAGUACCCGGAAGCGGAGCAUAAUGUUACGCGAUGACGUUGAGAACAUUAUGAACAUUUCGCGCGUUCCCGGACGUAUUUGGCGCCACAGACCCAACAACCUGGACGAAACGCUGUGACUGUGAAAGUAAUAUUGGCACAUCCAACUUCGCAAAAAACGACUUAAUUAUCCCCCUACGUUCGUCUUCAACAUGACUAAAACACUGACAGAGGGAGCGAUAGAGGCUCUAACCAAAGGCUCUAAUGAUGUACACAACCCCAUUCUUCAAUUAGUUAACAUCCGUAAAAUUGAUGGAGGUAAUGGACCCGCCCGAUAUCGUCUGAUGAUGAGUGAUGGACAGUACUCGAUGUCCUCAUUCAUGCUGUCUACCCAGCUCAACCCUAUGGCUGAGGACAACCGAUUGGCGCCAAAUUGUGUCUGUCAGCUGAAGAGGCAUGUGACUAAUGUUCUCAAGGAUGGACGGCGUGUGGUGGUCAUAUUGGACAUGGAGGUGGUGACGUCUGCUGAUUCGGUAGCUGGGAAGAUCGGAGACCCCACGCCUUAUGUGGAGGGUCAGAUUAAAGUACCACCGAUAGGCCCCGGUCCCACAGUCCGUCCACUGCUUCCCCAGAAUGGAAAUGAUGGCUCCAUGAACAAAGGUCCCGGCCGAGAGUUUGGGAUGAAGAAGGCCACACCUUCGUCUGCCAUGCCCAGCACUCCUGGAGGCAGCUCUAAAGUUGUGCCCAUUGCCAGCCUCAACCCCUACCAGUCCAAGUGGACCAUCCGCGCCCGUGUCACUAAUAAGAGUGGCAUCCGUACCUGGAGCAACUCUCGCGGUGAAGGGAAGCUCUUCUCUAUGGAGAUUGUGGAUGAGAGUGGGGAGAUCAGAGUGACUGCCUUUACCCAGGAGGUGGACAAGUUCUACAGCCUCAUUGAAACUGGCAAGGUAUUCUACAUCUCCAAAGGAUCCCUGAAAAUCGCCAAUAAGCAGUACUCGUCCCUAAAGAAUGACUACGAGAUGACCCUGAACGGAGAGUCCACGAUCAUCCCCUGUGAGGACACCCAGGAUGUACCCAUGGUUCAGUGCAACUUUGUCUCUAUUGGUGACCUGGAGGCCCGAGACAAGGACGCCAUAGUGGAUGUGAUUGGAGUGUGUAAGAGCGUGGCCGAGGUGACGCGUCUGACCACCAAGAACAACCGUGAGGUGUCCAAGAGGACACUCAGCUUGAUUGACCAGUCUGGAAAACUGGUGGAGGUUACCCUGUGGGGAGAGGAGGCUGAGAACUUUGAUGGCUCUGGGCAGCCCAUUCUCGCCAUCAAAGGGGCCAAGCUGUCUGACUAUGGAGGCAGAUCUCUGUCUGCCUCGUUCAGCAGCACCCUCAUGGUCAACCCCGACAUCCCGGAGGCUUACAAGCUGCGGGGCUGGUACGACAAGGAUGGCCACUCUAUGGAGGGCCAGUCCCUGACGGAGGCCAGAACAGGUGGUGGAGGAGGGAACACCAACUGGAAGACCUUGGGUGACAUCAAGACCGAGCACCUCGGACACGGAGACAAGGCGGACUACUUCAGCUGCAUUGCCACCAUAGUGUUCAUCCGUAAGGAGAACUGCCUGUACCAGGCUUGCCCCAGCCAGGACUGCAACAAGAAGGUGGUGGACCAGCAGAACGGGAUGUUCCGCUGUGAGAAAUGUGACAAAGAGUUCCCCAACUUCAAGUACCGACUUAUUCUCUCUGCCAACAUAGCAGACUAUGGGGACAACCAGUGGGUGACCUGCUUCCAGGAAAGUGCCGAAGCCAUACUGGGACAGAAUGCUGCCUACCUGGGUCAACUUAAGGACUCGAAUGAAGCUGCCUUCGAAGAGAUCUUUCAGCAGGCUAACUUCCACACAUAUGUGUUCCGAAGCCGAGUGAAGCUAGAGACUUAUAAUGAUGAGUCUCGCAUCAAGGCAACGGUGAUGGAUGUGAAACCUGUGGACCAUAAGGAGUACAGCAAGAGACUCAUCAUAAACAUCAGGAAGAUGGCGGCCGCCCAAUAAGAACGCUCCCUUUGCCCCCUCAGCUACAAUCAAGCUCCCCUCUCUCCCUCAUCCCAUCUGCUGAUGCAGCCUUUCCCAACACCCAGACUGACAGUUGUCUGAAAUUAUCCCCUGUAUAGGAUGUUACUUUUGACCGGAGCCCAUAGGGCACUGUCUAAUUCACAACAGCCCACGGGUUUUGCUGUUCUGUGCUUUGCUCAAUGUUUGUAUUUAGCUUUGUCCAUUUACGUUUGCGCCUAAGAUUUUUUUUCCUUUAAUGCUCUCUGUAGUUUUGUUUUUGUCUUCUUGGACCAACCAGUCAUUUCUGAGCCUUAGUGCUGUUGGGGCAGUUUAGUCCUUUUAGUAUUCAGUGAGUGACAUCUUUGGGUGGAUGAUAAAAUGAAGCGACAGAGGGAUUUUUAAGAGGUCAGGAGGGAUGGAGACUGGGUGGGACAGUGUUAACCACCGAAACCACCGAUGUGUGGCUGUCUUAAGCCAGCCAGCUGUUACUGCAUGCAUGUGUUGCUGUAUUGGCUGUCUUCAGCGGAGGCUGUCAGUGCUGUAGCUAGCGCUUUCUUUAAUUCUGUCGCUCCCACCAUCGCUAUGCCUGGCCUGGAUCUGCACAUCCCUGAUAAGACCAGCUACCCACCCCACCCCCCUGCCCCCCCACCUCACUAUUUCAGCCUCACACAGUAGGCUUGUGGGAUAUGCACUGUGCUGUAUUUUUGUAGAUAUAUGGUUAUGUCAUUAUUUCAGUACCUCUAAGUUGGGAGUGUUUUGGACACAAUGCAUGUCAUUGUAAUACUGCAUAAAAUAAAGAUUUUUCUGUGUUUUUCA